UAUAUGUACAUAGUGUACAAAUAGAAAUUCUAACCACUUCGAGAUUUUUAAAAGUUUUGUGUACUUGUUAUUUUUUGAACAAUUUUCUCUAUUAAUUUUCUGUUGUGUGUACAUUGAUUAUGUUUUUAAAAACAGAAACAGAAAGCUUGAAAUAAACAUCGUUACUUUAAUAAUUCAAACUUCGAGUAAUUGAUUUUUAUGUUUCGUAAUAGAAUUCUAAGUGUUUUGUUACUUAAUCUCAAAGAAGCAUAAACAAGAAAAUGUCAGGACCAAUGGUAUUGUGCCAAUUAUGGAUGGGUGGAUUAGAGCCAUACAUGACAGAAAGUUUUAUAAUGAAUGCUUUUCACAAAAUGGGAGAACAACCGCAAACUGUUAAAGUAAUGAGAAAUCGCUAUACUGGUGAGCCAGCAGGAUAUUGUUUUGUACAUUUUCCAACUGAUGAAAUGGCACUUGAUGCUAUGCAUAAAUUAAAUGGCAAAGUGAUUCCUGGUUCUAAUCCUCCUGUAAGGUUCCGAUUAAAUCAUGCUAGUACAACAGGAAAACCAGCAGCGGAAAGAGAAUUCAGUAUUUGGGUUGGAGAUUUAUCAACAGAUGUAGAUGAUUAUUCUUUAUACAGAGCAUUUGCAGCAAAAUAUAAUUCAAUUAGAACUGCAAAAGUAAUUUUGGAUAGCUCUGGUUUUAGUAAAGGAUAUGGUUUUGUCAGAUUUGCUAAUGAAGAAGAACAAAAGAAUAGUUUAGUUACCAUGAAUGGAUAUAGAGGACUAGGAACAAAAUCACUAAAAAUUUGUAAUGCUGUCCCUAGGCCUUGGAAUAAAAUAUCAGGAUCUACUCCACCGCAGUCAUCAUCUGAUUAUCCAGCAUCAAAUAUGAAUUCAGACGCUUAUAAUUACUAUGACACAUCGUCAUAUUGGAACAGCUAUAGUGCAUGGCAACAAGGCUACUAUGAAAGUGAACCUACAUCAGAUGGAUAUAACAGUUAUAUAUCAGAUCAAAAACCUGAAGAAGAUGAAUUAGAAUUAAUUGAACAUUCCGUUCCUGUGGAUAUUGAUAAACUUAAUAGGGAAAUAAUAGAACAGGAUUAUAAUCUGUGGGAUGCAUUGGAAAGUUCAAAAUGGAUACCAUGUGACACAUUUCAAAUUCCAUAUUUAUGCAUUGCUUUAUUUCACCACUUUUUCAUUCAUGUACAAAAGUCAUACUAAAAAACAUUUUCAAUUAAAAAAUUAUGUUAAAAUAAAAUUUUAAAGUUUCUAUACCUGAUAUAUAUGUUAAGUAAAUGUACAUAUUUGAUAACAAAGAAUUAUAUUUGUUCACACAUAAAA